AUGCUUGGCUUGUCCACGGUCAUUCGGCCCAUCAGACGGACCCCGCGCCCCGGUAUCGUCAAAAUCCCAGGUCCGGAUCGUGACGCCCCCGCUUCUGGCGCUCCUGACGCGCCAUGUGCCACGCCGUCGCUGCGUUCUGCCGCUCGUCGCUCGAGUUUAUGUACUCGAUGA